AUAGGUAUUUGAGAAGAGGGCCAAGAAAACUUUUCAGAAAUGAAGGGAAACAAUUUUUACAGAAGAGAGUCUUCAAAGGAAGAGAAAGAAAACAAGUAGAAAGAUAAGGAGAAGGGAGAAGAUAUGUUAACUAAGUUACCUGAUGAAAUUAUUGUACACAUCCUUUCUUUUGUGGAUGCAAAAACCGCAGUUCAAACAUCAGUUUUGAACAAACGGUAUAGGUAUCUUUGGGCUUCCCUGCCCGUUAUUAACUUCGAUGGCUCAUUGGAUGAACCUACAUUUUUUGAGCAUUUUGUAGCAAUGUUUUUGUCUUACAGAGAUACUUCCAUCAAUAUUGUCAAAGUUAAUUUAGAGUGUCUAUAUAACCUUGAUGCUGAAUAUUUGGUAGACACCAUCGUAAAUUACAUCAUUGAGCAUGUUAUUGAUACACCAUCCAUCACCACUACCGUUGAGGUACUUACAUUGGAUGCUUAUUGUUAUUUGAGUGACCUUCCUAAACUCUCUGUAUGUACAUCUCUCACCACUCUCAAACUUUCUAACAUAUUAAGUGAUACCGCAAAUUUCGAUAUUCCAUCUCUUAAACACCUAUCCCUCUGUGAUUGUCAAUUUGUGUGUGAAUUGGAAAACCCUUUUGAUCCAUUUAAGGGUUGUGUCAAUUUGGAAUCUUUAUAUUUUCAUAGUUGUUCAUACUCUGCUCAAAUCAAUACCUUCAAAAUCUCUACCUCCCACCUUUCAGAUUUAAAUGUAUCAGGUUUUACAGUGAAUGGGAUGUUUCAAGCUUGCUGUCUCUUUGAGCUUCAAACACCAAGGCUUCAAUAUUUCAAAUAUACUGGUUCUUAUUUAUAUCGUUUUUCCACUGAGAUUAAUCUUCUCUUUGUGGAGAAAAUAUAUAUUGAUAUACGUUGUUUGGCUGAAGAUACUAAUUUGUUAUAUAGUUUGAUUCGGCUAUUUGAAAUCAUGCGAAGGGCAAAAUCUAUAUCUUUGUCAUCCGAAAUCAUUGAAGUUUUAUCUAUGUUCUCUAAUGAAUUGGAGGAUAAAUGUUCUCCUUUUACGAGAAUGGAAACUUUUGAGUUAAUAUCUGAUGCAUCUUCCUCCUCCGCCUUGCCUCAGGACGUUAAAGAUUAUUUAUUUGAUUGUCAUAAUGUCCUUGAUAAUGAUCUUGUGGUAGAUUCUAUCAUUGAUCAUGUUACUGAUACACAAUCCAUCACCACUACCAUUGAUGUACUUACAAUCCUUGCUGGGUGUGAUGUGAGCAACCUUCCUAAACUCUCUGUAUGUACAUCUCUCACUACUCUCAAACUUUCUUACAUAUGCAGUGAGAUCACAAAUUUCGAUCUUCCUUCUCUUAACCACCUAUACCUCUAUGGUUGUGAAUUUGAGUGUGAAUCGGAAAGCCCUUUUGAUCCAUUUAAGGGUUGUGUCAAUUUGGAAUCUCUAUAUUUGGUUUUAUCUAUAUUUUCUGAUGAAUUAGAGGAUAAAUGUUCUCCUUUCACUAGAAUGCAGACUUUUGAUUUAAUUUGUGAUACAUCUUCCUCUUCUGGCAUGCCUCAGGAAGAGCAAAAUGGAAAAACCAAUAUGUUUUAA